UGCUCUUCUGCAACAAAAUAGGGUUUAACAUUUCUGAACCCGAAUCAGUGAUCAACACCACCACCAAAAAUGUCUCUGGCGCAACGUUACGGAAAAUGCAAAAGCGUAGUGAAGCGAUCGAAAAAGUACAUAGACCAAGCGCUUUACCUAAAGCUCUUCAAAGACGGUGGUUCUGAGCUCAAUGUUCGUCAGCAACUUAACCAGUUCAUCAAGAGUGGAAAGCGCGUUUACAAAUGGGAAGUCGGUGAUACUCUCAAGAAGCUUCGCCAACGUAAACUCUAUCAACCUGCUCUUAAGCUAUCGGAAACCAUGGCUAAGAGGAAUAUGAUUAAGACCGUUAGUGACCAAGCUAUACACAUUGAUUUGGUUGCCAAAGCUAGAGGUAUUACUGCUGCUGAAAAUUAUUUUGUCAAUCUUCCCGAGUCUACAAAAAAUCAUCUUUGUUAUGGUGCCCUUCUUAACUGCUACUGCAAGGAAUUGCUGACGGAUAAAGCUGAAGGUGUUGUUGAAAAAAUGAAGGAUCUCGGCUUUCCUUUGAGCUCAAUGUCGUACAAUAGCCUCAUGACUCUUUAUACUAAAGUAGGUCAACCGGAGAAAAUUCCUUCCAUCAUUCAAGAAUUGAAGGCUAGCAAUAUCAUGCCGGAUUCUUACACGUAUAAUAUCUGGAUGAGAGCUCUUGCUGCUGUUAAUGACAUUUCUGGUGUUGAAAGGGUUAUUGAUGAGAUGAAGAGGGACGGUCGAGUAACUGGAGAUUGGACAACAUAUAGCAACCUUGCAUCUAUUUAUGUUGAUGCGGGCUUAGUUGAAAAAGCCGAAGGGGCACUUAAGGAAUUGGAGAAGAGGAAUGCUCACAAAGAUCUUUCGGCUUACCAGUUUCUUAUUACAUUGUAUGGGCGAAUAGGCAAAGUGUACGAGGUUUAUCGGGUCUGGCGUUCUCUUAGGUUGGCAUUUCCCAAAACUGCAAACAUAAGCUAUUUGAAUAUGAUUCAGGUUUUAGUUAACUUGAAAGAUCUCCCGGGAGCUGAAAAAUGUUUCCGUGAGUGGGAAUCGAGCUGCACUACUUAUGAUAUUCGAGUUGCGAAUGCUCUGAUAGGGGCAUUCACAAAAUUAGACAUGUUGGAGAAGGCUGAAGAGCUAAAGGAACGCGCUAGGAGGAGGGGGGCCAAGCCUAAUGCCAAAACAUGGGAAAUAUUUUUGGACUACCAUUUACGGAAAGGCGACUUUAAGUUGGCGGUGGAUUGUUUAUCUGAAGCAAUAUCAAUUGGUAGAGGGAAUGGUGAGAAGUGGGUUCCUUCGUCCGAGACAAUUGUUAUUACGAUGAACCACUAUGAACAAGAGAAGGAUGUUGAUGGUGCAGAAGAAUAUAUAGAGAUCUUGAAGAAAUCUGUGGACUCUGUAGGGGCAGAGGUGUUUGAAUCGUUGAUUAGAACUUAUGCAGCUGCUGGUAGGACUAGUUCUGCUAUGCAACGUCGAUUGAAGAUGGAGAAUGUGAAUGUGAACGAAGACACCCAGAAGUUGCUCGAGGCUAUCUUUGUGGAGUGAUUCAUGGUACUUUCAUCCUUCAAGUUUUCAUUGAUGUAAAUUGAGAGGUUGUGUCCUUUCUUGUCUGCAAAAAAAAAAAAGAAAUUUCAAUUUAAACAUUUUGAAGUUGUGCAUGCUGAUAGACCAUUAAAGAUAUCUUAUUUUAUUGUUGAAAUACUUGAGGUGCUUGGUUGCAUUACCAAGGGGAUCUAACCAGUAACCUCUGAGCAUAACUGUUUUUCUGCUAUGAAUCAAUCUGCAAAUAAAAUCAGCUCCCUUAUAUCACUAACAUGUUUCAAAAAUACUGGAUUGGAAUGGAUUUUUUGUUUCAA